AUGCUCAGUCUACACUUCCUCCGAGCAUCAGGUCUAGUCCUGCUUCUGCUCAUUGCGGCCCUUGGCCAAGCCAGCGCCUUUGAGAGGCCUGAUACAGCAAACCUGGCCAGGGAACUAGCAGCGCGCGACGAGACUUCGGCUUUCUUCCCGAAUCACGUAGUUCGAGCUGCUACCUCUGCCGCUGCAACGACGACUUCGCCCGUGAGCACCUUCUGUGAUGCGUUCAUUAAGCAAUGCUACAAGAGCGCACUCAGCGGACAGACCGGGGACGUCAAUGUGGUCUACACGUGCCAGCGCGAUGGCGCCAAGACUUACACCUACAGCUGCAAGGGUGGCACGACGGACGUGACAGAAGCUGUACUGAAUGCCCUGGGCGAGGACUAUAUCGCCUACACGACCGUCAGCGGCACCACAAUUGCCACUCGUACAAGCACUUCCAUUGUCAAGACGGCUUACGCUUCAACGCGUGUGAUCAAAUCCACUGUAGCUACCGAAAGCGAAGCCACCACUACGGUCAAGAGCAUAGCUUCAGUGAAGAAAGUAGCUGCCACGAAGUACCUCACCACUCAAAUCCCGAUCACUGUUUCAAGCCUUUCUUUCAAGAUCGUCACCAAGACUAGCACCGCUACUGGACCUGCUACGACUACUGUGGGAGAUGGCGUCUUCUUGGGCGAUGAUGAGGUGCCAGUCUCCAAAAUUACCUUGAGCUCAGCAGGCAAGAUCCAGCGUCGUGCACUCACCGAGUUCUGCUCGGCGUAUAGCCUCUCCUGCACGAGCAAGUGUGCCUCGAACUCGACGACGGUCAAGACGUCCGUGUGCAGAGCGGAUACUCUGCCAAAGUACAAGCUGGCGUGCAUUUGUACGAACGGCAAUACUCUCACGCAGCAGGCGCUAGCUGCCGUCGUCGAGGAUCAGCAUCUUGUGACUGUCUCGCAGCUUACCACUUCCACGGCAUUCAUUGCUGCGCCAAGGACAAAGACGCUCUCCGAAACACUGACCACCACCAGAUUGAUCACUUAUACAACGCAGGUGCCUAUCACCGUGACGUCUACCUUUAUUAGCACGCGCACUACAGGGACUAUCACAUUUCGCACUGGCGUCAGCACCAAGGUCACCACGAAGCUCAUCAAAUCUCGCUCGACAACUAUCAAGACGGCGGCUCCGUCAAAUGUCGUGACGACGACGACACGUACCGUCCUCGCCGCUACUGGCUAUGUCCGGGGCUUCAACAACUCCAAUGGCGCCUACGUGGGUUCUCUGGGCAAUUCGGGCUACUUUGCUCAGCUGGCCGCACCGAACGACAGUAGCACCGCGGUUGAAUUCAUGGCCAUUCGCGACCCGACGACGGGAGCUUACCAGCUCGCAGAGCUUGGAAAUCCAGAGAAUGUCAUCAUCAACGAGGCUGGGAACAGCGUGUAUAAGAUUGAGCAGGAGGCUGGCACCUAUGCCUUUGGGUAUACGUCCUUCGGCCCGGCCUCUUCGUGUGGUACGGCCGCCUCGAGUGCAGGCCCCGCAGAUGGGGCGUCACCCCUUUCGACCGCAGGAGCUUGCGAGACGUACGUCAUUGCUCCUCUGGCUGAGACUCCAGUGCCUGCAUCCAUUGAUUUGAAACCUUACUGGUUCAAUCCAAAUGGCUCAGCCACGGCAGCACACAUUGGCGUGUGGGGGACGUAUGGUACUGAGAAGACGCUCAUCCACGUGGCGGACAAGGCGGCCUUCCUAAAUCAUUACGGGCCGUUCCCCUUUACUUGGGUCACUCUGAAGUUUCCCUACGCCAGCUGAAGACUUGUAGAGGUCAGCUCGCCCUUGAGUCGGCGCACAUAGCACAGGGCACGAGGAGGGGUCCCGUUCGUGGACGUCUUGAGAUCAAUGGCCUAGAGCUACUGCUGCGACAAUGAGUCCUUUUUAGCAUGUAUCGAGACCGAAGGUCGGUCGAAGACCGAGACGAUUCUUGAGAGAACACCCGCUAUCCUCAGCGCCGGGCUCGAUUUAAGAGUAUGUGAAGGUACAUCGGACAUAGGCUCGAAGGGCUUUUCACUAUCUGACUCCUCGAUUCCAGCGAGCU